AUAGGGGCUCAUACAAUACCUAAAACAAAAUAUAUACCAGUAACUGUUUCUCGGUAAGUGAGAAGGAAUCGGUUGCGCUCGAGCUCCACCAUUGUAGCGUGGUGCCUUCUUCUUCAAUUGCGCUCAGGUCUGUAAUUUUAGGAUUAGGGUUAGGGUUUCGCAUAAAAUAAUCCAGGCACAAAAUCUGCGAAGCUGGAGAGGCACGGAGACCACCUGGAGUCCCAGCGCGUCUCGCAGCCUGGGACUUUCUCUUCCUCUUCGCCUUGGCCCUCCGUCGAUGCUCACCACAACAACCAUCUUAUCCACCACAAUCACCACCAGGAUUCCAACCACUACGACCACCACCACCAUGGCAACCAUUCUAAUGGCCCCUUCCAUCCGGUGCCUUUUUCUGUACGCAGAAGGGCUUGGUCUCAGCAUAAUCAAGGACUCUCUCCAGAUAACAUUGAAAGCGCCCUACAUGUUAAACUUUAUGUUGCACAGGUUUCCCGAAUAGCGACAGAGGAACUUAUUCGCCCCUUGUUUGAGCAAUUUGGAAGCGUUAUUGAGGUUGUGAUUUUGCGGAUAAGAGGACUGGCCACCAACAAGGUUGCUCCUGCAGGAACUUGUUUUGUGAAAUUUGCAACACAACAUGAAGCAGACAGGGCCAUUACAGCUUUAAAUAAUCAGCACUAUUUUCCUGGGGAAGCCUUCCCGAUGACAGUUAAAUAUGCCGAUGGGGAAUUGGAACGCCUUGAGACACUUGGUAAAGUGUAUGUUAAUGGCCUUAACAAGGAAGCUUCGUGGAAAGAAGUUGAGGAUAUAUUUUCACCAUACGGUCUUGUUUUAGAUGUCUACAUUUUGCGUGAUGAGCUGAGGCAGAGUCGAGGCGCUGAUUAUGCUUGGCUCAAAAACCGAAAGAUGUCCUGGGUUCUGUUUGACAUCACAAUAAGUGAAGCCAUUCUGAUUUGGUGUGGAUUUGUAAAGUUUUCCCAGAUAGAUAUGGCUCUGGCAGCAAUCAAAGCAUUAAAUGGAACCUUCAUUAUGAGAGGUUGUGCUCAGCCGCUUCUUGUUCGUUUUGCGGAUCCUAAGAAACCAAAGGGAAUAGAUUCAAGGGGAAAUUUUGGAUUUAGCAGCGGGAACAUUGGACCCCACUCUCAAGAACCAUUUAGGCUAGUAUCUGAUCAUGGUGAUCCCAUGGGAGGGCAUAAUUUUCAUAGUGCACCGUAUCCUGUUCAGCAAACUUCAAACCCACCUAUUCCCCAAUUGGCAAACCCAGAACCCCUAGCUUCCAUUGUCAUGCCACCACCACAGUUGUGUAGGAUGCCUUUACAACAGACACAGAAUACACAGAGAUCUUCUCAGACUUCUCAAGUAGAAGCUAAUGAGACCCAGAAGCAGCAUCUGACACAGCCAUCUGGGCAAAUUAUUGGGCAGCAGCAAAGUUCUCAGACAGUUGCUAGCAAUUCUACCUCACCUGCAUUGGCUUCAAGUCAUGAAACUGCAGUUCCUCUAGAGUGUGACUGGAGUGAACAUACCUGCCCUGAUGGAUACAAGUAUUACUACAAUUGUGAAACUUGUGAAAGCAUAUGGGACAAGCCUGAGGAGUUUGCUUUGUUUGAGAAACAAUUACAGACGCAGACAGAGACACAGCCGCAAAAUUCCUCUCACCAUCUUCAAUCUACAUCGGUUCUUUCUAUACAACAAAGUGAUCAAGCACAGGUAGAGAUUCAGACACAUGCCUUCCAUCAGACACUCCAACUUCAGAAACCUUCCUUGUCUUCAACGGAACUUGAUCAUUUGCAAAUCCAGCCACAAACUAGUCCUCUAGUUGGCCCAACCUGAGUUUGACAGGGUCUAUCUGGGGAUAUUGCUCCGAAAACUCUGGAUUCAGAGAGGUAGACAGGAAAAGAAUGGGGUCCCACAGAGUCCUCUAGUUCUGUUCCGGCCCUCCUCCUACUUAGUUCCUGUUCAUAAAGUUCAGAUCAUUCUUCUUGUUUCUUAUGCAGAAUGGUCAAUUUUCUGUUUCUAGAGAAGACAAUUGCAAGCCUGUCCGGUCUGAGGGAACCAUUAGUUAGCUGUUGGAAGAUUUGCAAGAUCCUGAAAUUUUGUGUUCACUCCCUCCGCCCUCAUUUCUUCAAUCGUAUUUAAUCGUUUCUCAGUUUAUCUUCAUAUUUAAGUUGCUUCUGUAGGCAAGAGGAAUUCAAGAAGCGUUUGGUUGGUGAACAAUAGUGGUGUACGCUUAGGACAGGGGGUCUUCUACCUAUUAGACACAUGUAUAAAAAUGUACCCACCCAAGCUUUAAAUAUGGUGGGUUGUUAGUGUCGUGCAAUCGACGCCUUACUUGCCCGGAGAUUUGUACCAUAGUCCAGUUAUUUUACAGAUGAACUGAAGUAAUUAUUCCCAAUUAGAAAGUUAAUCUUUGGCCCUCACUGCCCCAUAUGAUGUGAACACAACAAUUUUGUUAUACAUCUUUUCGCUGAA